UCUCCACCGGGCUCGGGUGGGGCCCGGAGGCGGCGAGUAACAGCCACUGCGGGCCGCGGGAGCAAGACGAGUGGCAGCCAUGUCGGACAGCGGGGCGAGCCGCCUGCGGAGGCAGCUGGAGUCGGGGGGCUUCGAGGCGCGGCUGUACGUGAAGCAACUGUCGCAGCAGUCGGACGGCGACCGCGACCUGCAGGAGCACCGGCAGCGGGUGCAGGCGCUGGCAGAGGAGACGGCACAGAACCUGAAGCGCAACGUCUACCAGAACUACCGGCAGUUCAUCGAGACGGCGCGGGAGAUCUCCUACCUGGAGAGCGAAAUGUACCAGCUGAGCCACCUGCUGACUGAGCAGAAGAGCAGCCUGGAGAGCAUCCCGCUGGCACUGCUGCCCGCCGCCGCCGCGGGCGCCUCUGCGGGUGAGGACACGGCCGGCGCGGGGCCGCGGGAGCGCGGGGCGGUCCAGGCGGGCUUCCUGCCCGGGCCGGCGGGCGUCCCUCGAGAGGGUUCCGGGACGGGCGAGGAGGGCAAGCAGCGAACGCUCACCACGCUGCUGGAGAAGGUGGAGGGCUGCAGGGACCUGUUGGAGACGCCAGGUCAGUACCUGGUGUACAACGGGGACCUGGUGGAAUACGAUGCGGACCACAUGGCCCAGCUGCAGCGCGUGCACGGCUUCCUCAUGAACGACUGUCUGCUGGUGGCCACCUGGCUGCCACAACGGCGAGGCAUGUACCGCUACAACGCACUCUACCCGCUGGACCGCCUGGCGGUGGUCAACGUCAAAGACAAUCCGCCCAUGAAAGACAUGUUCAAGCUUCUCAUGUUCCCCGAGAGCCGAAUCUUCCAGGCGGAAAAUGCCAAGAUCAAGCGCGAGUGGCUGGAAGUGCUGGAGGAAACCAAGAGGGCCCUCAGCGACAAGAGGAGGCGGGAGCAGGAGGAGGCAGCAGCCCCGCGUGCGCCACCACCGGUCACUUCCAAGGGCAGCAACCCGUUUGAGGACGAGGAUGAUGAAGAACUGGCCACCCCUGAGGCGGAGGAGGAAAAGGUUGACCUUUCCAUGGAGUGGAUCCAAGAGCUGCCGGAAGACUUGGAUGUUUGUAUUGCACAGAGGGACUUUGAGGGUGCCGUGGACUUGCUGGACAAAUUAAAUCACUACCUGGAAGAUAAGCCCAGCCCACCUCCUGUGAAAGAGCUGAGGGCCAAAGUGGACGAACGAGUGCGACAGCUCACCGAGGUGCUUGUGUUUGAGCUCUCCCCGGAUCGCUCUCUGAGAGGCGGCCCCAAGGCUACUCGGAGAGCCGUGUCUCAGCUGAUCCGGCUGGGCCAGUGCACGAAGGCUUGCGAGCUGUUUCUGAGGAACAGGGCCGCAGCCGUGCACACUGCCAUCCGCCAGCUCAGGAUUGAGGGCGCCACGCUGCUCUACAUUCACAAGCUGUGCCACGUCUUCUUUACCAGCCUCCUAGAGACCGCGAGAGAGUUUGAGACGGACUUUGCAGGCACUGACAGUGGCUGCUACUCUGCCUUUGUGGUCUGGGCAAGGUCGGCCAUGGGCAUGUUCGUGGAUGCUUUCAGCAAGCAGGUUUUUGACAGCAAGGAGAGCCUGUCCACCGCUGCUGAGUGUGUGAAGGUGGCCAAGGAGCACUGCCAGCAGCUGGGAGAGAUUGGGCUGGACCUCACCUUCAUCAUCCACGCCCUGCUGGUGAAGGACAUCCAGGGCGCCCUGCACAGUUACAAGGAGAUUAUCAUUGAAGCCACCAAGCACCGAAACUCGGAGGAGAUGUGGCGCCGCAUGAACCUGAUGACUCCUGAGGCCCUGGGCAAGCUCAAGGAGGAGAUGAAAAGUUGCGGGGUCAGUAACUUUGAGCAGUACACGGGAGAUGACUGCUGGGUGAACUUGAGCUACACGGUGGUAGCCUUCACCAAGCAGACUAUGGGCUUCCUGGAGGAGGCAUUGAAACUGUACUUCCCUGAGCUCCACAUGGUGCUCCUGGAGAGCCUGGUAGAAAUCAUCCUGGUGGCUGUGCAGCAUGUGGACUACAGCCUGCGCUGUGAGCAGGACCCCGAGAAGAAGGCCUUCAUCAGGCAGAACGCAUCCUUUCUCUAUGAAACUGUCCUCCCGGUGGUGGAGAGGAGGUUUGAGGAAGGUGUGGGGAAGCCCGCCAAGCAGCUGCAGGACCUCCGGAACGCAUCCCGGCUCCUGCGGGUGAAUCCCGAGAGCACGACUUCUGUGGUCUGAGGCUCUGCUCUGUGUCUUUGUGUGUGUACGUGUACACGUGCUACAGAUGCGUCAUUUGUAUUUACAUUACACAAUGUCAGCACAUUCCUCAGAGACACAGACAGCAUAUAAAAGUGCCCUCUGAAAAAUGCAGUCAAAAGGAGAAAGAUAAUGUGUUAAGCAUCACAUACAACCCCCCAAUACUGGGACUGUCAAGAGCACAUACCAUGUCUUGCUCUGUUUUUUAAUAAUUCUUUAAGUAGAGUGUAUGGUCACACCAGAACAUUUCAGGCUACUCUUUAACUUGAAAGACACUUCUCACGUUAGCACAUCUAGGAGCAGUGCACUUCCAUGCUGCCUAGAAAAAUAUUAGGUCCACAGGGUUUAAGUAUGUUGUAAAACAUUCCAAGUCAACAAAAUGGCUUCGUAAUGGUCAGUGCUGUGUGACACACCUGUGUCCUGUACUGAGACAGAUCAACAUGAAAAGAAAUGAGUUGGGAAAACUGGUUUGGGAUAAAUUUCAAUAUGUGGGCCUCAGGUCUGUCAGUAUUUGUAGCAUGUGGAAGGAAGCCUUUAUAAAACUUUGCAGGCAUCCAAAAGUCACUGAAAAGUAGCAUGUUCCAUGGCUAAUUGGAUGCAUCUUUUUGGGGGAGGUGGGAGAAUCACAAGGACUACGUUGAAUUUUUAACAUAUUCCAGAACUGAAUGGAUUUGCUGCUGCAGCGUGUUUUGCCAUGUUCAGGAAGUAAGUCUUGCUGAAAAGCCACACCAAGGAUCCUAGCAGUAGGCGGGUAAGUGACUCCAGCCCCUGCAGACACUUCACCACCAGCCUGGGUUUGGAGGCACUGAGACUUCUGGCAAAUGCAGAACUCCCUGUCUGAGAAGAGUUCAGGCUGUGUGUAGGUUAGGAGUUUUAAAAAAAAGAAUGCAAUGUCACUCCUUAAGAAUGCCAGAGAUUUGGUUUUGGUCAUUUUGUUUUCUUGAGAUAAGUUUCAGCCCAGACUGGUUUUGGGCUGGUGCUGUAACCAAGGAUGACCUUGAAUUUCUAAUCCUGACUCCACAUCCCAAGGGCUGGGAUUACAGGAAUGUGCCAUAAUGCUAUUUAUGCUGUGUUGGAGAAAAAAAACCCUGGCUUUCUCAUACUAGGCAAGCACCCUACCCACUGCUACACCUGCUGCCCUGAUGGUUUUUGAAACUUAGUAACUGAGUAGAGAUGCACAUACCUCAAGCACAGGGAAGGGACCUUCUGUGACUCUUCAAAUGCUGUGCUGCAUUUUAAAAAACAAGAGCCUGGCAUGCUGGUGCACACUUUUAAUCAGAGCACUGGGAGGCAGGAGCAAGCGGAUCUCUGAGUUCAAGGCCAGCCUGAUCAACAAGGUGAAUUUCAGGACAGCCAGGGAUCUGUAGAGACCCUGCCUUAAAAACAACUUUUAAGAGAAUUCCAGAUUGUAAUACUUACUUCAGGUUGUUGAGUAGGGAUAGGUGGGUAGGUGGAGCCCCUAAGCUUUUAUUUUUUUUUCUUUUUCUUUUUUUGGUUUUUUUUUUGUUUUUUUGUUUUGUUUUUUGUUUUUUCAAGGGUUUCUCUGUAUAGCCUUGGCUGUACUGAAACUCACUCUGUAGACCAGGCUAUCCUUGAACUCAGAAAUCCUCCUGCCUCUGCCUCUGCCUCCCAAGUGCUGGGAUCAAAGGCAUGCGCCACCAUGCCCGGCUUGCCCCUGAUUUCUAAAGUGAGCUCUGCUCUGAUCACUUAAUGUCCUGUUAGAAUGUGGGUGCUGAAACCCAUUUUCCCACUAGCUUGUAGCUGUGGGUUUUGUCAACGAUGCCAUGUUUUUAUGUCCAUUGGGUCUAAAGGCUAUUUCUUGUCUCUUGAAUAAAAGAGGUAGUAGUAAGCCAUAAAAUGAUGUAAAACCCUAAAUGGCUUCUGCAGUGAUUCAGGGUUGUUAAGACUCCUCAGCUUCAUUAACUCAUCAGGCCAGCAGUUUCUCUGUCUUUUUCUAGCUCUCCAUGCAUAGAAAGAUCGCAGAGGUCACCACUGCAGCCUUCCACUUUCCCAUGUUAGGGUUUGUUGAUUUAAAUCAACAAUGAAGACCAAGCGGGUCUUGAACUCACAGAGGUCAUCCUGCCUCUGCCUCCUGAGUGCUGGGAUUAAAUUAUGCUCCACUAUGCCUUGCUAAGUUAGAGUUUUCUACAUAACCAUAACUGGAUGUCCCAGCCAAACAAAUGUACUCAUUUCUCUUAAGCUCACUGGACUUGGAUUUGAUGAAAUUGUGUGGCUGCGAUGCCGAUUUGGUGCCACUUGGAAUUUAAUAGAUAAACCGUGCAUAAGGCCUCGAGGUGUAAGAAGGCUAACAUGUUUCCCCACAUAAUAAAUGGCUGUAUCUUUAUGGAAAUGGAAGUAGAGAACUUUAUUCUGCUAAGAACGGGCUAAUGUGUUCCUCUGUGUAGCUGAGGGAAUGCAGUCUGGGAAAUCUGCAGGAAGCUUGAAGGAUUGUCUAGCAGUGGUAGUUCCACACAUGCUGACGUGCUGUGACAUUAACCACCUUUUGUUUGCUUUAAAACUAACUGCAUAGACCAGGAAUCACAGACUGGGUUAAUUUCAGUUAGAGAAUUCAGCCUCUGAUGAGAGCCUCCUGUCAUGAAAUGCUCAAAGUCAUUGCUGUGACUUUGGUAUUACCGUGAUUGCCAGCACAUUCAUCCUGCACCUGGUAUUAGUUAGGGCUAAGCAGCUGGGGCUUGCUGCAGAUGCAAGCAUUGCUGAACACUACACUUUGAUGUACUGUGAGAAACAACCUUUAAACUGAUAAAGCUUUAUAGCAUUCUCACUGGAUAGAACUGAUUGCUAUAACAUUCUGUUUAUUUACUUGUUUUGAGACGGGUCUCACUCUAGUCCUCUGCCUCCUGAGUGCUGGGAUUAAAGACAUGCUCAGCUAGGUGUGGUGACACACAGUUUUUAUUCCAGAAUUGCAGAGGCAGAAGCAAGAGGAUCUUUCGGUAGCCAGGGUUACCUAGUGAGACAGACCCUGUCUGAGAGAGAGAGCCAGGCCUCUCGGCACACCCUUUAAUCCCCAGCACUUGGGAAGAAGCAGGCAGAUCUGAGUUUGAGGCCAGCCUUGUCUACAUAAUGAAUUCCAGGACAACUAGGACUACAUAGAUGCUGUUACCACAAAAAAAAAAAAAAAAAAAAAAAAAAAAAAAAAAACCAGAGAACUGGAGAGAUGGCUUAGUGGUUAAGAGCACUGGCUGCUCUUCUAGAAGUCCUGAGUUCAAUUCCCAGGAACCACAUGGUGGCUUAAAAAGAAAACAAGCAAACAAAAAAUAACAUUUGCUGCUCUCGAGGGCAGGCUCAGGAUUAGUACGCAAAAUCAUUAGUCCACUUUCAGCAAAUGACACCUUCUGGCCUUGGGUACUGCACACGUGUUCAUACACAAUGUAAAAAAUCUUUGAAAACUUGUAGUAAAAGUUAUACGUAUGGAUAGAUUGUGUGCGCAAUAUAAGCCUUUCCUUGCUUAUCUUGUUUAUGGGAAUACAUGUAUAAAGUUCAUGUCUAGCUAGGUGCUGCUAUGCCAAACCAGGCCCUUUUUGUUGUUACAUACAUUAACCCAUCUACUGUGUCCUGCAGAUGUCUCCAACGGUAGUGUUUCUCCUGGCCUUUUAGCUCCUCUGGUGGCAGACUUGACUGUGGCAGAAGGAAUUGUCUUAUGCAUCCAGGUCCCUCUUGUCACGGUUUUGAUACAGGAACCACCAUGUCAGAUGUCCAUGGUCCACUUCUUGGCCACAGGAGCAUUAAACUUGGUGUGCUGGCUGAUUUCACCUUUACUCACCAUUUUCCUGGAGUUACCCACGAUGCCUUCUUGGUGCAUUUGCUGUGACACAGAGAACCAAAUCCCAAAGAACCAAACUAUCCUUUCUUAAUUUAGAUAAACACUGCCAAACUUGACCACCAGGAAAGUUGUGUAGUCUCCCCAAACGACAGGAAAAUUCUAUUUCCAUUAAUCCUCAUAAUUAUUCAUUUUGUGAUAAAUGUAAACUUCCAAUGUAGUAAGACUUAAAACCACCUUUGUUUGUUUGUGAGAUAGGGCCUGUGUAGCCUCGAACCUCCUUGGAAGCCUAUUUAGGUCAGGUUGGUCUUGAGCUGCAGGACCCCAUUGCUGCUGCCUCACAUGUAGAGAAAAGGUAUCACCACACCAGGCUUAUUCACUCAGUUAUGUGACAGUGUGUCUUGGUGCUGGAAAGCAGGUGUUAAAAGCCCUGGAGCUGGAGUCGCAGGUGUUCCGGGUCACCUAACGUGGGUGGAAGGAUGUGAACUCAGGUCCAAUGGAAGCGCAAGUGCCCUUACCUUUGUGCAUCUCUCCAGCCCCACAUUUAUGUACACUUUGAAUAAUACUCUUUUUGAGAGGGGGAUGAGGCUUAGUACAGUGCUUGCCUAGCAUGCACAAGGCCCUGAUCUAUCCCCAGCACUGUACACACUGCAUGAUAGUGCAUGCCUGUAAUCUCAGCACUGAGGUAGAGGCAGGAGGAUCUGAGGCUCGCUCAUCCUCAGCUACCUGGUGAGUUCAAGGCCAACACCCGACUGGUUGCAGCCUGUGUUGUUGGGUGAUUAAGAACAUUUGCUGCUCUUGAGGGCAGGUUCAGUUCCCAGGACUCAGGUAAGCAGCAUGGGCGUGUUGACACGUGCCUGCAGCUGAUAGGGCUGUGACCUGCCCACCAGUCCACAGCCAGGGUCUCUGUUAAAUGGGACUGCUUAUUUCAACAUGCAGGAAUCCCCUCUAGCUUCCCAAAGCAGCAGAUGCUGUCAGAGCACCUGUCUGUCACUUGUGGCCUAGCACAGCGGCUGCCCGAGGCCCUGGGAAUAGAUGCACAACCUGGGGAUUUGGAGACAGAACCACACAGAGUUUCAGUGACUUUGCUUGGUUCUCAGACUCAAAUGCCUGUCCCCAAUGACUGAACGGCACCCCAGAUGCAUAUACUGAUGAGAAUGAACCCCUCAGGAUGAGAUCAGUCAUUAUUUUGUUUUGGGGGGGUGCAGGAUGUACUGAAAAGAUCAGAAAGGACCAGUGCCUGUCCACUUUCUGUCCACUUUCUGUGGUCCUGAGUGCGCAUGGACUCAGCGCCCAUCCAAACCUAAGGCGAACCUGUGAGAGCCUUCAUUCUGGACUUCAGCUUUCAGGACACAAAAAAUAAAAGGCUGUGUUGAGGGCA